AUGUCGCUGCUGAAGCCGCCCAAUUCCAUGGCCCAUCCGCCCCAUCCGCAACCACCGCCACCACCGCCGCUCCACAUGCAACAACGCCCCUUCCUGGGCUGCGAGCCGCUGGCGGAGGCGGACUUGGACUCCGACUCGGAGCAUGAGCGCAGCCACAUGAUGGACGACGAGGAUGCCGCCAUCGAUGUGGAGGCGGACGAGGAGCAGGAGUCCGGGUCGCCAGUCCCAUCGUCCAAGCCCCCCAAAAGCAGCCUUUGCCUGGAAAGCAAGGAGAGUGCGGGCCAGCACAAGGAGCUCGCUGCUCCGGCUGUGGACAAGUCCGGCGACCAAGAGGCCUACUGAGCACCUUUCAGCCAAGUGGAUGCACGGAGAUGGAGGCGUUGUGAAGCUACAUAUACGCGUAUAUUUCAGUUUUUACAUAUUGAAAACAAACUGAAUAUAUGUUGAGAAAAAUCGAUUGGGGUCAUGUAAAGGAAACUCCGUUCCAUAGAAUUCCAUUAUUCCAUACUUAUGCAUCAGCAUUCCAGGAUCAAGGAACUACGAGUACCAGGCCAGAAGUCCCUUUUAGAUAGUGUUGCUCCACUCCGUGCCGGACCACGCCAAUUGGUUUCAAGUUUUUACGAUAGUUUGUUCCUAAAUCCCCUGUAAAUACGAAAACUCAAGCUCCUUGUACAUGUAAAUGUCUCUUGCUCAAUAAGUUUAGGCUUUAAAAAGUAAACCCCACUCCAUGUGUAUAUAUGUACCGAUCACAAGCGGAUUGUGUGGGGCGCUUGGUUCAUCGUAUCGUUUUUGUUUUGGCUUUUGAAUCUUAAAUUGCUGGUCAAGUGUAGGCUAAGUUCCAUACGCUAAGCCGAUUUGCUCUCCGUUGGGGGAUUCGGGAAAUAAUUGUUAGUCUAGUGCUAUUCGUAAGCUGUGUGUCAAGCAAUUACCAAAUAAUUAGUUAAAUUAUUUAUACUUUUAAUCGAAUGCUAACGUAAUCCAAACUUCAGCUGAAACCAAACCAAACUCAUUAACGUGCACACACAUUCGCAUGACAUGGAAUGCGUAUAAAUA